AUUCUAGUACGCGGCGAACCAUUCGCCGUGUCAUUCAUCAGUUUUCUCUUGCCGUGAAUGGAUUGUUCUUCUUGUGUGAUGUACGGAAAAAUUGUAUCUAUUAUACCCGUGCCUAGCAGCAGUAGCAGCAUAUUCUCUAAUCAGCAGUGCUACAUUUUUUCUUUAGUUUUUUGUUAAGUUCCGACCGACCAGUUUUCUUCUGUUUUUCGUUUGGACUGCUCCCGGUAGUCUUUCCGAUGAGAGAAAAGUGCAAAAGUGAUACCAAUCCGGAAUUGAGACAAAAGAUUAAGGGGAAAUAGGCUCGGCCGAAGAACGGACAUUUUGCUGCGAGCGACGAGCGCGUUGUGUGUGUGUGUGGGAAGGCUAAAAUAGUUCUGGGUGUGCAAUUUCCGUACGAGGAAAAUUUUUACUUUAUUGGUUUAUUUAUUUUAAUAAUGAGUGAUUAUUCAAACCAGAACUCGCAAAAUUUUAGUCAAUCGUCAGCAUUUGCAGCCGCUUUACAGAGAGCAAAACAAAUUGCAGCUAAAAUACACCCUGGUGGUGGCCAACCGGUGAAGAGAACGCUAGAGGACGACUCGGGACCAGAAUCGAAAAAGUUUGGGGGACAGUCUGACUAUAAUAAUGCAAACUCGCCGACUGGCAUGAGCCCAGCUGCUAUGCAAGCCGCUGCUCAAGCUGCAGCCGUAGCCGCACGUUUAUCGCAAAUCAACAACAAUUCUAACUCGAACUCGUCCGCGGGAGCACAAGAUCCGGUCCAGAGAGCACGCGAUCUGAUUAGCAAGAUGGUAAAUCAGCAGGGAGGCCACAACGGUCCAAUGGACAAUGGUAACAACCACGGUGGAGGUGGAGGUGGCGGCGGAGGCCGUGGAGGCUUCGGCUCAUCCAAUUUCAACAACCAACCCUUCCAGGAAAUUAUGAUUCCAGGAUCAAAAGUUGGUUUGAUCAUCGGUAAAGGAGGCGAAACAAUCAAACAGUUGCAGGAGAAAUCCGGCGCCAAGAUGGUGAUUAUCCAGGAUGGGCCUGGACAAGAAAUGGAGAAACCGUUGCGAAUUUCCGGAGACCCGCAUAAGGUAGAAAUGGCAAAGCAGCUGGUUUACGACCUUAUACAAGAGAAAGACAAUUAUACCCAACGACAAACUAUGAACGGAACUGAGCAGGCAGAAGUAUUCGUCCCUAAGUCAGCCGUUGGUGUCGUUAUUGGAAAAGGUGGAGACAUGAUCAAAAAGAUUCAGGGUGAAUCUGGUUGCAAGUUACAAUUCAUCCAGGGACGAGGUGAUGGACCUGGUGAUCGACGAUGCAUCGUGCAGGGUUCCAGAGCACAAGUUGAAGAAGGCAAGAGAAUGAUCGAAGAGCUGAUCGAGAGCGUUCAGCGACGUGAACAGCAGGGUGGUGGACGAGGCAGAGGCGAACGCGAUGAUCGUGGCGACCGAGGUGACAGACCUCACCGUGGACGUGACAGUCACGACAACGGUAACGGUGGACAGUAUGGAAACGAGUACAGCGGUCCCCAGGUUACUCGAGAAGAGUACACAUUCACAGUACCUGUGAAUAAGUGUGGCAUCAUAAUUGGCCGCGGUGGGGACACCAUCAAGCAGAUCAAUCAACAAUCGGGAGCUCACACUGAAAUGGACCGUAAAGUGUCCGCCAAUCAGACAACAGAGAAAACAUUUACAUGCAAGGGUGAACCACAUCAAGUGGAGGAAGCCAAGAGAUUGAUCCAGGAAAAGAUAAAUAUGGAAAUCAAUCUGGUAUACGUCGGUACCUCGACGGCUCCUGCUCAGCAAUAUCAAAACAAUGGUCAGAACGCGUAUGGCCAGGGAUGGGGCGGCUACCAGCAGCAGUCGUGGGAUCAGACUCAGCAAGUACAAGCAAGCGCUGCCACGGCCGUAGCUGCUCAGCAACAGCAGCAAGCUGGUGGACAAGCCGAUUAUUCCCAGCAAUGGAUUGAGUACUAUCGAGGAGGACCCACUAAUCGGUCUCAUCCAUCCUCUUCCAGACAAAUGGGCAUGCACCGCGAAGCCGAAAUGAUCGAACAGCAAGUGAAAGCCCGGCAGGUAGCAGCUCAGCAAGGAGCAACGGCCCCUCCGGCGGUCCAGACAACACAAGCACCGAUAGCUAAUCCAACUGUCCAAGGUCAAUCAGUGGUGGCAACAAGCAAUGCUGGAGCACAACAGUCUACUGGUGGUGGUCAAGCGGAUUACAGUGCCGAGUGGGCUGAGUACUACCGAAGGCUCGGUAGAAUAGAUGAGGCCGAAGCAAUCGAGAAACAGAUCGCUACUAACAAGGCUCCACAGGUACAGACUACUACGGGAGGACAACCGGGCAAUGCUGCUGGACAGCCGUUCAAUGCUGCAAGUGGAGGCCCUGGCGCAGCCGGAGGGAAUCCCCAGCAAAUGGCAGCACAGCAAGCAGCUGCUGCUGGUGGUUACGGAGCGCAGCAGUACCAGCAGUACUAUGCAGGCGCCGCUGCUGCCGGUGGACAACCAGGAGGAUACCAAGGAUAUCCCUACGGAGGUGGAUACCCUGGCCAGCAGGGAGGUCAACCAGGCCAGCAACCAGGUGGCCAAGGACAGGACAAGAACUAGGACGGUGAUACAUUUUGGCGCCGAAUGCGCAAUAUUUGCGUGUCUGUCAAGUGUCAAGUCCUCCGAUAAGCCCCUUCCACCCCGUAAUGUGCUAAGUGCGUGCGACUGCUGUCAAUUACCGAUUGAUUACAUGAUUUUGAAUAAAUCAUAUUUGCGCUAACCAAUAAAUUAUAAAAAAAAUAUCAGUUAAUCUGAUAAGUGUGGCAAAAUUAGUGGUUUUGGAAAUGAUGGAAAUAAAAGAAUGAAUAAAUAAUAAUUUAUUAUAGUUGAGAAGCAAAUAAUGCAUAUACUCAAAACUUACAUAACAACAACACUGACGUUUUUGUAUUAUUUUAUAAAUCGAGAUUUUAUUUUGAUCAAUUUGGCCCUAACUACCAAUGUCGAUAAUAUUCGCGUUCACGACGUUCAAACAUGGUGAAUUUUAGUCUACCUUGUAUUGAUAACCUAUUGCUCAAGUGAGAGUCGAUAAAUGUCAUGUUAUUUUACAUUGCAUCUUCAUUUUCGUCAUGUUAUUCGAAACGUUGAAAUUGAAGAUCAUUGCGUGUUAGUGAAAAUCAAAGUAAGAGUGAAUUCAAUUAAUGGAAGGGGACGGCCAUUCAUCACAUAAAAUUUUUGUUUUUCAAUGCGUAUUUCUAUGCGAUUUCAGUAUUGAAAUGUAUAGUACAGGAAAACCUGUUUUUGUACGGUCCCUUUUUGCGUGAUUCCUCAUUUAUGCAACUCUUUGUGCGAUUUUAUUAUAACAUCGGGUCUUGAAUCACACAAAUUAUUCGCACAAAUAAUGAAAUCGCACCUAAACAGUCACAAAUGAGAAAUCGCACAAAAACAGGUUUGCUUGUAUAACUCUCUAACUAUUCUUUGAAUCUACUGGCUCCAAUCGAUCUGCAUUGAUAGAAAACCCCUACGAGUGGGGACUGUCGUCGAUGAAGUCGAAUAUCGUAUGUUAUUUUCUUUUUCAUUUAUCUUUUUUUUCUGAAGGUAGGAAUAAAACACGUUUCCAAUAAAAAUUCACUACAAGCGAUGAAGAUCAGCUUGACUUUCGUGAUAAUCACUUCAAAUUAUUGACAGUAACGAAGGUGCCUGAAUGUAGGUUUUUUUGAAAUUCAUUCGUGCUGUUUGCAUUAAAUAUACUGAACAAAAUUGAAAAUGGUUUGUAAAUGAUUAUUUUAGUUCGAAAGUAUUCUAGCAUCAAAGAUAUGUGUAUUUAAAAUAUGUAAAAGUUUAAAAAACGAGAGUGUUAAGGCGGCAUUCCAUCUAUUCAACAUGUUACAUGCUACAAGUCAACAAUAAUGGAUAAUUGCACAAUUUUUUAUUUUGUUUCCACCUCAACCACUACAAAGUAGUAUGCGAACGCUCACCGCUCCAACAUAUCUGUUCUGAUGUUAUUAUUUUUAUGAUCAAAUAUUCUGUUGUUCCAUUGUUGUGGUGAGUUAUGAUAAUCGUAAAUAAAUGACGUAGUUGCUCUAACAUUGUCUUACAUGUCGUGCUACACACGCCUCACCGAUCCGCUGGCCAUUGGAUAAGGCCAACAUUGCUCGAUGAGACCUAUUAUGUCGUAAAAAGAGACACUCUAAUAAUCAAGAACCAUUGACUUGUAGCACCCGUGGCCGAGUGGUUAGCGUCUCACAUUAUCAUGCCGGGUGUUCGGGUUCGAUUCCUGUUCUCGCCGUGGGAAUUUGUCGUCAGAGAAAUUUCCUCCGACUUGCACUGUGGUCAGGCGUAUUAUAGAGCUUGCCCCUCGGUAUAUAUUCAAGGCGUGUUAUUUGGCUUAAGAAAUCUCAACUAAGUAUUAAUAAAUGACGCUAGUUAAUGCAUACGUUGAGAUGGCAAAAGUUCCACAGGGAACGUUAACGCCAUUCAUAAAGACUUGUAGCAUGUAGCAUGUUGAAGAGAUGGAAUGCCGCCUUUACGAUGAAUGUGCAAGGUUCUGAGCGUUAAUUUUUCUGCCGGCUAAACGAAGAGGUAUAAUAAUCACUUCAUUGGAAAGAUACAGUUUCUAUGGGUUAUAUGCUUGUGAUUGAUUGGUCCUUGUUUUGAUAGCUUAAAAAUUGCUUUGAAAACGAGUUAUUGAAUUCAGACAAAUCUGAAUGGAGCUACUAGCGGAAAACGAAGUAUCGAUGAUAAUUCGAGAUGGGUUACGUAAAAAUGGUACCAUUGGUUAUGGAUUCGAUUGCGGAGAAUACAACUUUAUGAUUAUGAAAGAAAUCGCCUUGUUUGAUGAAAGCAACAGUGCCAAUAUUGAACGUUCAUGUUAGAUUUGAGUAGAUUGGGGCGGAAGCUCAUAUAGGUUUCGUGUAUCGUACCAUUCGGUGCAGAGAGUCGUAUUCAAUUUGGUCAUGGGUGUCGUACUGGUCUGAUUUUUUUUUCCUAUAAAAAAGAGUUUGUCGCUUGAGACGCCUUUGCGAUUAUUCGAAUAACAUUAGGCAUUUAUGCAAACAGUAGUUCUGAUACUUAUGAACAAUCACUGAAGUGUUAUAAUGGCUAAACUUUGCUGUUAUGAUUUUUGUCUCACAUUCCAUGCAUUCAACGAAGAAGAAAAUUUACUACUGGACAUAAAUCAUGUGUAUUUUCCUAACGAGAACAAGACAUAACCCUUUGCGAUCGUUUAUCUGCUCUCAGCCCCCACAGAUAGGAAUUAUACUGAAAACUUUAUCGAAGCAUAUAACAGUUUACAUUUUUUUCUAAACAAAUGUUCAUGUCUAGUGAUCCUGUUCACGAACUAAUACGUCGAUUCUAUAUAUAACGGAUAAUGGUACUCGGUAUAUAUUUUUUUCUCUCUAUUAUAGUGACUUUCAACACAUUUCGGCUGGUUCGUCACUUUUACCAUUUUUGGAAGAAUGUCGGUAGUGAGAAUUGAACUCGUGAUCUUUGCGUGAGAGGCCAAUGCAUGGAUGUUACCACUAUGCUAGAUCGCCUCUACUACUCGUUAUAAACAAAAGAUUAUUAGCUUGGAAAGAUAAGACGAUCUCUUUCAAUGGAAAUUUAUUCCGACCUCAAAGGGUUAAUCAUGAUUCAACCAUCUUCUGGUCCUUCUACAAAACCACCCAUCGAUCCUUUUCAGAGUCGAAUUUGAUGUAUUUCCCUGCAUCAAUCAUAAUUCAAUACUGAUACUCAUCAACUUACACACUUACAAGAUAAACGUUCAGUAAAUUGUCAAAACAACCAUUCAUUAAUUGAGAAUUGAUUCAAAUAAACUCCAAACAAAUAAUUAUAAUAAGCCAACGGUAGUCAUACGCCCACCCUGGUAUUAUAUCACAUAUAUAACCCACCCUUUUCAUUCCGAAGAAAUUGCCGUAGGGGAAGACGGGUAAGACGGGCCACUUCUUGUUUUAUAAGAAAUCCUCAGUUUUUUUUGGCAAAUAUGUUACGCAAGAAGCAUGAUUAACCUAAUUUUGUCUUUUCUAAAUACUUGGCAACAGUUCAGCGCACCAAAUAUGAAAAUUGUAAACAAAACAAAGUUUUCGUCCAUUGCGGUUGCAAGCGAUCUAAUUUUCAAGGCAACCAAAAUAAGGAUUUUUACAGCAAAAACUGUGUAUUCAGUUAAUUGUCAGUGUUACAAUCCUUCAGUAGAUUGUUCCGGUUCUUUCUGCGUUAAAAGAAAUGAAAAAUGUAAUAUAAAAUGCGUGAAAAGUGCAAAAUAAUGCAAAAGGUGCUCUGGGUGAAAGUCGGCCCGGAGGCGAUCUGGCGUAGUGGUAACAUCCAUGCCUCUCACGCUAAAGGUCACGAGUUCAAUUCUCACUCCCGACAUUCUUCCAAAAAUGGAAGUAAAAGUGACGAACCAGCCUAAUGAAUUGAAAAUCACUAUAAUACAGAUAAAAAAAAAAAAAAAAAGAAAGUCGGUCCACUUUCGACGGGUUAAAAGUGCCAUACGUCGUGAUAUUAAAUGAUUUUCAUAUCGAAUGCACGUAGAAUGUGGAUGGCUUUUUCAGAAGUUUGUGUGUAGUUUAUUAACAGCCCUAAACAUGUAGUACCUUAGACAACACUGUUCUUGUUAUUUUUACUAGACUAAACUGUUUGAAAGUAGCAUCGCUCCGUCUUACCCCGUCAUGGUCCGUUUUACCCCGCGAGUGGUCCUUCUUACCCCGUCAGCGAAAUAAAAAGCAAUUUUUUAUCAUUUCAAACAUUAUUGAAAAAAGGAAAAAAAGUUAUACAAUCAAUAGUUA